ACAAACUGCAGUUCCCAGAGAUGCAGUGGUGCAGGUGGGCAGGCGACUGGACGUCUCGCCUCAAGACGCAGAAAUGCAGUCCACAGGGCAGGACGAUGGAGACAGCUGUGACUUUCUGUUCAAGAUCAUCCUGAUUGGUGACAGUAAUGUGGGAAAGACCUGCGUGAUCCACAGCUUCAAGUCUGGGCUCUUCAGUGACAGCCAACACAACACUAUUGGAGUGGACUUCACCGUUCGCACGAUAGACAUCGAUGGGAAGAGAGUGAAGAUGCAGGUCUGGGACACAGCGGGACAGGAGCGUUUCCGCACCAUCACACAGAGUCACUACCGAAGCGCUCACGGGGCCAUGAUUGCAUACGAUCUGACCCGACGAGCCACCUUCGAGUCUCUGCCGCACUGGAUCCAUGGUGUGGAGCAGUAUGGAGCCGCCAACGUCGUCUUCGUUCUGAUAGGUAAUAAGUGUGACCUGGAGGCACAGAGGCAGGUGUUGUUUGAGGAUGCGUGUACGCUAGCGGAGCGCACAGGUGCGCUGGCAGCGCUCGAGACCUCUGCCAAACAGCAUCACAACAUCGAGGAGGCGUUCGAACUGAUGGCACGAGAACUCAUAGCACAGUACGGAGGAACAGUCCCUCAGGACAGCCAAUCAGAUUCACCGACUGUUUACCUGCACUCAGACUCUCAUCCAAUAGAUGAAGGAGAACACCUGGAGAAGCGGUCAUGUGACUGCUGACUGA